GAGCGCCAGAAAGCAAGCUUGAGCGGGGCGAUGUUGGACUCUUCCCCCCCAUGGCAGUGUUGAAAUUCCACUCAGGAGCCGCGGAAACGACCGCUUAGUUGUCUUUAAAAAAAAAUAGCUGCUAUGAAAGUUUGACGAUCGUCUUCAACCAGAUCGAGUCCAAGUGGAACAAUACUAAAAAAAAAACGCGAGAAGAUUGACCUAAGAUGGAAGUCCUUGCACUUAAAGACCUCUCAAGUCCUAGGAAGAGUGUCCCAGAGGAGGAUGGGGGCAGAAUGGAACAAAAGGAAAAUAUACGCACAGUGAGGAGGAGAUCCACGCCAAUCAAAUCUGCAGAGUCCUGCGUGCCUGGUCUGAGGAGAACCCCCGACCUGGAUCACGUCACCCCCAUCAAACACGCAAACGCCGCUGCCGAGCCGUGGACGCCCACCGCCAACCUGAAGAUGCUCAUCAGCGCCGCCAGCCCCGACAUACGCGAUCGCGAGAUGAAGGAGAAGAAAGUUCUCUUCCGGCCAAUAGAGAACGAGUCACAAAGCGCCGACAUCGUCAGUGAAGACGUGGAAUUUGAAGCAGCAGUGGAAGAAGACGAAGACGCGGAGAAGAAGCCAAGCAGGAAGCAGAAGAGUUUGGGUCUGCUCUGCCAGAAGUUCUUAGCCCUCUACCCCGACUAUCCGCCGUCAAACAAACCUAUCGUCAUCUCCUUGGACGAGGUGGCCACCGGUCUGGGGAUGGAGCGGCGGCGCAUCUAUGACAUCAUUAACGUGCUGGAGUCCCUGAUGAUGGUGGGCCGCAUGGAGAAGAACAGCUACACCUGGCACGGCCGCCUGAGGCUGGAAGCAACGCUGGAGGACCUGCAGCAACGUGGCCGCCAGCACGGCUACCACCUUCACAUGGAGCACGCCGUCAGGGAGGCGGGGCCCAGCCACGAGAGCGAUGGCGGGGAGGACGACAAUAGCCAUGCUGCCGGCAACAGGAAAGACAAGUCUCUGCGCAUCAUGAGUCAGAAGUUCGUCAUGCUCUUCCUGGUGUCCAAGACCCAGACCGUCACCCUGGAAGCAGCGGCAAAGGUUCUCAUCGAGGAAAGUCAGGACUCUUCCAGUCACAGCAAGUACAAAACCAAGGUGCGCCGCCUGUACGACAUCGCCAACGUGCUGACCAGCCUGGGCCUCAUCCAGAAGGUGCACGUGCGAGAGGAGCGAGGCAGGAAGCCGGCUUUUCGCUGGCUGGGGCCGGUCCACUUCAACAAGUCCGGUCCUCCAGCAGACCUCGCCACGCUUCCGUCCUGCCCGUCAACAGCGGGCCAGGACCCGAGAAAGGCCAGGAUGGUUCGCCACGCCUCCUUCAACGCCGCGCCCGCGUCUGCAGACGCCCAGCGGCGGGUCAGCUCCGCCCCCAGCAGCCCGCACAGGGAGCCAGCAGGAUGUCGGCAUCAGCCGCUGGAUUAUUCCAGGAGGACGGGCGCCGACGAGGCCACUCUGACGUUCACCAACCCCAAAGGCAGCGCUUUGGCGCCACCCUCCUCCGCCAUGCUGGUGCCCGCGCUGCACCCCGAGCAGCUCUUCGCCCUCUCCCCGUCGCCCCCCUGCCUGGCGUACAUGGCCCCGCCCUCUGUGGUCAUGCUGUACAAGCCGCCCCCCAGGAGCCCGGCAGAGGGGCCCGCAGAAAGCCCCGGGUUGCCUGGGGAUGGGAGGAAAAGGAGGAGGGAGGAGGAGGACGAGGAGGAGGAGGUGGCAGGGAAGAGAAGCCAAAAAGAGAACCAAAGCGGCGUUCGCUCACUAUCCUCCGACGAGAGCGUCCCGACCACCCAGCCCUCGCACUACCUCUACGUACCAAACAACGCAGGUCUGAAAAGUCUCAACUUCCUCCUCCCCUCUGGCCAGCCCCCGGCCCGCCUCCCCCUCACACCCGGCGCCGUUUCCCCCAUGCUGCCCUACAUCCUGGUGCCUUCGUCCGCCCUCUCCCACUACCCGCUGCUGGCUGACGGUGCCGACCCCAACCUGACUUUCAACCUGCCCGCCCACUUCAUGGUGGCGGCGGCGGCGCCACAGGUAGGCCAGAUGGCGCCCGUUUCCUCGCCGACGACGCCGGAACAAAACGGGCGGGGCGGCCGCAGGGCAGAGCUCGCCCAUUCUCCCCCGGCGCACCCGCACGCCGGCCUUGCGACUACGCCGCUGCCAUUGACCCCGCACACUCCCAAGGAAACCCCCGCAACAUCUUCUAGAGCCUUCUUCCAGACCCCCGGCACCACCGUGGAAGGCAGCGGCGGCCCGCCUGCAGCCCGAAGGCGGGGCUCGGCACAGAGGAGACUGGACGUCAGCCAUCCUUCCGCCUGAUGCUGACAAUCAGCAGUCAGGUGUGCUCUUUCGGAAGAUACACUUUAGCACGCUCACGCGUCUGAUUUGACCCCUAAACUUGCACCGUAUUUUCCAGACUACAUAAGCCACACCCACUACAUAUUCGAAUAAAUAAAUAUUUUCCAUAUAGAAACCGCAGAUAUAUAUAUAUGUGUUGCAAAACGACUUAUUUGCACGGAAAUGUUUAUUUACAUACCUUUCCAAACAGUGUCUGUAACAGGGCAGUAAAACGGGUGAUCAAACAAAACAGAAGUCACGGCCACGGACCAAAUAGCUGCGCAACAGAUUCGAUAACACCACGGUGAUGUUUUGGUGGAUUUACUGAGGAAUAUGUGUAACUGGAACGACGUAAAAAGAAUGCCACUGUAAGUUAGCUAAUGCUAACACAGACCUCGCUGACGUGUUAGCAUAUUAGCCUACGCCACCUUAAUUGCAUUAUGAUAGCACGUGCGAAUGUGCAUAAAAACACACGUGACAAAUGAGAAUUGUUUUAGUUACAUUGUAAAAUGUACACACGUCUACUUCCGGUUCGAAGCUUUAAACAGCCAGCAGCACCCGAAGUGAGCGAACCGGUCCAAAAGAUGGCGCUAUGGCACAAGCAAUGUUGCGGUUGAGUGAGACGUAUUUGCGAAAUGACAAUUGUUUUAGUUCAAUUGUAAAACUUAACAAACGUUGGAGCGACGAGUGAAAAAUCCUUUCGAGCAGAAAUUGGCGGUUUUACUUCCGGUUAAAGGCAUUAAGUAUAUUUUCAACCUUAUCACAAAUGAUAACACAACUUUACAGUGUUUUUGCUUAUGUUGAAUGAAAACUAUCAAACAAAUUAGCAAAAAAUAAUCCAUAAAAUUCGCUGCACCGUUUUAUAAGACGCGAGGUUCAAAGCGUAGUAAAAAAUGUUUCCCCCUAUACUGUGAUUGGAUAUCGCCACUACAAGCCUUAAUAGAUCCUCCCAAAUUGAAGUCAAGCUACCUAAUUCCCGAUCAUCCCAAACAUUCAUAUUUAUAUGUUUUAUCUAAUAUAUAUUCCAUGAAUGCAAGCACUAACUGUAUGAUUGACUGUCAAGCAUUAUUAUUAUUAAUAUUAAUAAAUGUAUGUUUCCUUUUAUUUCUGACAUGACUGUGAAGAUAACUUAAUGGAAAAAAGUGUUUACAGCCUGUGUGUCAGUAACGCUCUCGUGAUGCAUUCAGGUACUUGAAUCCUUUUGACUUUACCGUAGGAGUAUACAUUACUGUAAAGAUCCUUUUAAACUGAAUAUUUCCACUGAGCGCAAAACCGCCAAAGCUGGGGAAUAAGUGCCUUUAAUGUUUUUUUUUUGUGUAAAAAUGGUGCUUUUAUUUUUAUUGUCCGAGCACAUUUUUCUUCAGGUUUAUUUAGGGAGUUGCCAUGGUAAAUAACUUCCUCUUCGCCAAAAUAACGGUGCUGUGUACUGACGAGGCCACUUUGAAGCGUUGGGGAGAACCACACCGCGCCAAAGUGUGUUUUUUUUUUGUACAGUUUCUAGAAUGUUUGUUCAACGGCUAGAUUGAAGAUUGUACUGAUUGGCUGCCAAUGACUGUCAAAUACUUCAAUAAAGUACAAAUAUACUAAA